AGAAACACCGAGCGAGAUAGAACACAUGUCCGAAAAGUGAAAAAUUCCCCAAAUUGAUCACAACUCAAAAACCCUAACCCAAUCCACCCAUUCUUCAAAUCGCUCCCGAUUUCGCUUCCCCAAAUUCAAAUUCGUCGUCCUUCCUCAAAUCCUUUCUCUUUCGUAAUCCCGAAUUAGAAAACUCAACAGAAUAGAUAACGCUUAUCUUCGAUCCCAAUAAUCACACACUUCCAUGGACGACAUGGAAGACGAUGCAAGGUACCCUCCCAAGUCCUUCUCUUUGAGCCGUCAAAACCCUUCCCACCGCCAAAAACACCCAAUUCGAGCCCCCCCAUAUCACCGACCAGUCCCUACGCGCUACGAGGAAGUUGAAGACGACGACGAAGAUGAAGAACCGGACGAAUUCGACGACGAAAACGACGACGACGAGGCCCAAAACGGCUACGACGACGACGAAGACGAUGGGUAUUCGAGAAACCCCAAAAAGAGAAAGGUGCCAUCUUCCAACUACGAGUUCGCGCCACGUGUCAAAUUCUCAUACGGUAACCGUAGUUCUGUUGAGGAAUGGACGGAACAUGAAACGUUCGUGCUUUUGGAAGUGUGGGGUGACAAGUUUCUUCAACUUGGGAGGAACAGUUUAAGGUCUGAGGAAUGGCAUGAUGUGGCAGAGAAGGUUUCUGAGGAGUUGAAGGUGGAGAGAACAGUGGCACAGUGUAGGAGCAUGUUGGAUAAGCUUAAGAGAAGGUAUAAGAAGGAGAAGAGUAGAAUGGAUGAGAUUGGUGUGGGUUCUUGUAAAUGGCCUUUCUUUAAGAAGAUGGAUAUGUUGAUGGCUUCAUCUGCAAGGCAAGAGUAUGGUCUUGCUUGUGGGGUUGAUUCUGGUGAAUAUGUGUUCAUGAAUACAAGGGUGUAUUUGAAUAGGUCUAAUGGUUUUGAUGAGAUGAGGGAUAGUCCUGGGGAGUCUGAGAGUUCGGAGGAGGAGGAGGAGGAUUCCGACGGGGCUGCCGUGCCGAGGAGGUUUCGCGGCGGUGUUGGUGGUGAGGAGGAGGUGGAUGAGGAGGAGGAUGAGGCUUCAUUUCGGGUGUUGGCAGAUUCGAUUCAGAAGUUCGGGAAGAUAUAUGAGAAGAUUGAGAAUAGCAAGAGGCAGCAGAUGAUGGAGUUGGAGAAGAUGAGGUUGGAUUUUAAUAGGGAGUUGGAGCUGCAGAAGAAGCAGAUUUUGGAAAGGGCUCAGGCAGAGAUUGCCAAAAUACAGGAAGGGGAUGAUGACGAAACUGACACUUCUGCUGAGAAUCUCAGUGAAUAAAUGUUGGUGGGUAGGAGUUAUUAUCUUGGGAAGGGUGGUGAUAUCUGAAUAGAGUGCACAAGUUUUGAAGGAAUAUCUACCAGCUGAACAAGAGCUGCUCCCGCUAAGGUUUUCGACCUUUAUGCAUUCCCACAAUGAGGAAGUUGAUUACGAAGAGUAAUAUUUUUGUAUGGGUAGCCUGCAAUAAAUUUGGUUCACUUUUAAAUAAUUUGCUGCACAUUUCUGUAACCCAUUCCAUCCAAAUAUGUUCCUUCUUUCCUUGAAGGGAUGGAAACUAAAAAUAGUGUGCUAAUCUUGAAUGCAUCUCCUCGAAAUUUUGAGUCUAGAUGUCAACUUUUGGGAAUUUCGAUUGGGGCUCUCAAGCUCGGGCAACUCUUGCCUAAUGUGUGGCUACUAGACUCAACCGAUCAAAAACUCAAAAUAACAUUAAAAUUAUUUUAGG